AUGAGGACCAGGGAAAAGGAAAUUAAAGAUCUUGUCCACGACAUACACGCAUUGGAGACGACUCAUAAAGCUGACCAAACACUGACCAGCUUCCAGGAACUGGCUGCACUACGAGGCAAACUAGCUACCCUCCUGCAUGGCCGCUACCAAAGACAACUCCAACGCUCAAAAACAUACUUCUACGUUAGCAGUGAUAAGUGCGUCAGAUUACUGGCCUGA